AUGGGCGCAUGCGCAUGCAUGCAGUGGCAGCCGCUGUGCGAGCUGAGCGAGGGCACAGUGACGUUCGGCGCGGGCAGGCAGGAGGCAGCCAGCCGGUUCGCGGCGUCGUCGAGCGAGCGUACUGGACGGGACAGACUAGUGCUUGUAGGUAAGCGGCGUCUUCGGGCUCUCUUUGUCUCCCCCGCGCCGCUCUGCCGGCGAUCAGGCAUUGAAGCAAGAGGAUUCAUAUUUGGCCCCGCGAUCGCGUUGGCCAUCGGGGCCAAAUUCAUACCGCUGCGCAAACCCGGCAAACUCCCAGGUGCGGUGAUUUCCGAGAAUUAUACGCUCGAGUAUGGGACGGAUUGCUUGGAGAUGCAUGUUGGAGCCGUCGAGCCCGGCGACCGUGUGGUGGUCGUGGAUGAUCUGGUUGCAACCGGCGGGACACUUUCUGCAGCCAUAAAACUUCUUGAACGCGCUGCAGCUGACGUUGUUGAGUGUGCAUGCCUCAUCGGACUCCCUAAGUUUAAGGAUUUCUACAAGCUCGAUGGAAAGCCAGUUUACAUACUGGUGGAGUCCAAAAAGUGAAAUGAUGAUGAUUGAUCAGAAAAAGGAUCACAGCUUCAUUCCUUUGCAAGAGCGCAUGGUGGAUGUGUAUUGAUAACUCUGCAGUACACUGUCAGGGGCAGCUGCUAUUGCUAAGUGUCUUGGUGGAGAGGGUGAGAUAGAUGAGAUGUAGUCUUCCUAGCACUAGUUUUCCAGUAGUGAAGUAUUUGAUGAGAGCUUGUAGCUAUUUCUGUCGGGAAUCACCACUGUUAGCUGCAAAGAAAAGAACCAUCCUGCUGUUCAGGUUCUUUUUAUGAGAAUUUUUUGUGUA